AUACUUUGGACAAAACAUAAAAUAAUAUUGGAAGCGUACAAAAUAUUCUUCGAAAAACCGAAAACAGAGAAGCGAAGGUACAAAAGGAUGGAGAGAGUGAUGAAGAUCAUAAAACCAAAGCCUGAUCCGAAGCAACUCUUGCGUGAUUGGCAACAUAAGCUUCGUCAGGAGUGCCGUAACAUCGAACGCCAAAUUCGAGAUAUACAGAAGGAAGAGAGAAAUGUUCAGAAAGCUAUUAAAGAGGCUGCAAGGCGAAAUGAUAUGGUCUCAGCCAAGGUAGAACAAAAAAAGAAUAGUUUUAAGAAAAAAAGUCUUAGCCUUUGUAAGCUUAGCACUUUUCAAAAUGUGUUCCUGAUGAUGUUUCAGGCGCUUGCUAAGGAGAUUGUGAGCUCGAGAAGAACAGUUAACCGGUUAUAUGAAAACAAGGCCCAGAUGAAUUCCAUAUCAAUGCACCUUGGGGAGAGUGUUGCUGUUGCUAGAACAGUUGGGCAUCUGUCCAAGAGUGCGGAGGUUAUGAAGCUAGUCAAUAACCUCAUGAAAGCACCACAAAUGGCUGCAACUAUGCAGGAGUUCAGCAAAGAGAUGACUAAGGCCGGAGUUAUUGAGGAGUUUGUGAAUGAUGCCAUUGACAAUGCACUGGAUUCAGAGAAUAUGGAAGAUGAGAUCGACGAAGAGGUUGAUCAAGUAUUGACAGCUAUUGCUGGAGAAACCGCUGCUGCGCUUCCAGAAGCUGUCAGGAAGGAAAGGAUAAAGGUGCCUGCGCAGAAGGCGAGCACUUCCCGCGAGGAAGAGGCAAUUGCAGAAGGUGAUGAUGAUGAGGAAGAACUGAAGGAGAUUCGAGCUCGGCUCGCUAAAGUUAGAUCCUAACUGAUGAUUCAAUUGACUCUUUACACUAUUUUUUAUUGAUCCGAUCAACUCUUAAUGUUGGUGACAACACAAGGAGAUUACUGUGUAUUGUAUAAUAUAAUUGAACUACCGUAUACAAUGUGAUCAUAAGCUGUCUUUUGUUAACUAUGUUUCUUUUCAUAGUAUUUCAUCCCAAACUCUUCUUGAUCUUA